CGUAAAACAAAGGCUCUCUUUUGUUAAUUCAGCAAUAAGGAGAAUUUUCACAAGCUUUUCUUUAUGAGAGAAUCUUUUGAUUUUGGCAACAGAGAUAGAAUUGAAUUCAAAGCUCCUUUCGUUUCAGGUGCAGAAAUGGCAACUAAUGAUUCAGGAUUGGCAUUUAAAAGAUGGGGUAGAACACAGCCAUUUAUGAAAUAUGGCAUUCCAAUGAUCUUAGUCACGGUGUUUGGGGCGCUUGGUUAUGGUCGUCUCUUGAAAGGCAGACAGCACAUGUAUAACUGGAGCAAAGAGAGAACCAAAAAUUACGACGCAAGAUCAAGAAAGGGUGUUAGUAAAACUUAGUAAGGCGACGAUGUCAUAAUUGCAUAAAAUUUGAAGGGCUGAAAGAAAACAGUCUUCUGAUCAAGGACCUAUUUGUUUCUCAAAAAAUUAUAAAUAAAAAAAAGUACAUAUGUUUGGUGGAUUCCUCC